AUGGAGCUCCGCUCGAUCUUCCCCAAUCUCAGAAGAAAAUCUGGCGAUCAGGGUAUAUCAUCACGGGGCUGGAAUUUGAAUGGCCAGCAUUCCACUGAUCAUGCACUAUUUCCUCAUAACUAUCAAGAGCAUUCCACUGAUCAUUUAGUGAAUACUGGGAAGGAAAGGGCAAAAGUUAGCCUUCUUUUUACAUGGGAGGAUUGUCUCAUCAAUGCCGAAGAAACGACACCAUUCAAUAAGUACCAAAAUAAUGGCCUCAAGAACAGAUUAUUAAGGCUUAUAUUCCCACGACGAAGCGAGACUAUUGUGCUUCAGAAUUGGGUCAACGAAGGCCGCAAAUUCUCAAUUUCCGAGCUUCAGAAUAUUGCGAAACAACUCAUGAAACGUCGUCAUUACAAGCACACUUUUGAGGAUUUCUGUUUACAAAUUUAUGUUCCAAGUACUACUGUCUUGAUUGAUCAAGUGUUACUGGACUGCAGAUUGGAACAAAACCAUAUGUGCUUGUGGGCUGGGCUGGGCUGGGCUUACAUUUCAGCAGUUAUUCCAAUUAAUUUGAACAGCUGGCUGGCUAGCACACAUAGUCGGAAGAAGCUACCAACUGCAUCAUCAUCCAGUGAAGAAGAUUAUCCUCCCAUCCAAUCCAUAUAA